GGAAGCAGUCGUUCCUCCGGGUGAGUUGUCUCAAAAGGCGGCCCGGCUGUGGACCAGGGACGUGGAGGAGUGGUGGUAGACGGUAUAUUUGAACAGCAGCGUUUCUAUUUAUCGGUGGGAGAAACGAGGAGGAGUCGCGUUGCUUCUCGUCGUAUGGUCAUUAACUGUUUGGGAUCUCUAGUCCGGAAGCUGCUGCAAAUGAAGCCCAAGGUGGUUUUUGUGCUUGGUGGGCCGGGAGCCGGCAAAGGGACCCAGUGCACCAACAUCGUCAAGAAAUAUGGAUACACUCACUUCUCUGCUGGUGAUCUACUUCGUGCCGAACGGAGCAAAGAAGGUACUCAGUAUGGAGAACUUAUUGACAACUACAUAAAGGAAGGAAAAAUUGUACCAGUGGAGAUAACUAUUAAACUUCUUAAAAGGGCAAUGGAUGACACAAUGGCUGAAGAUGCCUCGAAGAACAAAUUUCUUAUUGAUGGAUUUCCUAGAAAUACAGACAAUCUUGAAGGCUGGAACAGGAUAAUGAAUAGUAAUGUUGAUGUCAAAUUUGUCCUUUUCUUUGACUGCAGCAAUGAGAUAUGUAUGGAACGCUGCCUUGAAAGAGGAAAAGGUAGUGGAAGAACAGAUGAUAAUAUCUCGAGUCUGCAGAAAAGGAUUCAGACUUAUAUGCAGUCUACUAAACCUAUUAUUGAACUAUAUGCAAAAGAAGGAAAAGUAAGAAGAGUUGAUGGAGCCAAAAGUGUUGAUGAGGUUUUUGUUGAAGUUCAGAAAAUCUUUGAUGCUGAAAAUGGAGUCGACAACAUUUGAAGUUAUAUAGACCUAAUGCUUGUGCUUAGUUAGAGUAACUAUUGUAUUCUAUCCUUGUUUGUUUUAAAUUACUGUAUUUUUGGGUACAAGUAUUUUAUGUUUUGAUGCAUUCAUUACUUUUGUAAAAAUUAUUUGUUAAGGUGUAAUGAAGACAUGCUACAUUUUCAAAUUUGUUUCACAAUUUUCUUCCAAAUUCAAUUUGUUAUUUGUAGAGUAAAAAUGUUCAUCUGAAAUUUGUCCUUGCUUAAGGAUGUAUCCACAUGCUCUUGAAAUGCAGUGACUUGUGACUGAUUGUUUUCAUACCAAAUGAGAUCAUAUUUGACAUGCAGCGGGUGCACAAUUCAAUAUUUUCAAAUUAAUUCGUGCAAAUUAAUUUGUCAUUUUUAGUAUCAACUUCCCCCACAUUUUAAAAUUUAAAUGCAUAUUGACAGAACUUAAAGGAAAUACAGAGAGUGAAGUAUUAUGUUAAAUAAUACUAUUCGUUAAUCCUUAAGUACAUUUUUUUCUAGAGGAACAACCAAUUUAGAAAGAAUUACCAUUGAAAUCACAUUUGCACGCGUUCAUUUAUUUGUGUACUUUUGAAAGUAAAUUCAUGCAUUGGAAUUUUUAAUGUGUAAAAAUGACAAAACAUUUUUAUGUACAUUGCAGUAUAGUUUCCCACAGGUCGAACAUUUUUAGAGGGCAAGGAGUUGACUCUGGAAGUGGUAGCUGAGAACUUUUUGCAGGCUGGUAUUACGUUGGUUGAAGAUCUUGGUAAAGAAAUCUUUCAAGUCUAAAUAUUAGAUCUUGAAAUGGUGAGAAAAAUCAGAGCAACUGAACUACUAUCCUGUAUAAAAACGAUGACAAACACUGUCAUUUUCUACCAUUCUGAAACUUUGAUAGGACACUUCCUAAUGUGACACACAUAAAAGUUGCUGGUGAACGCAGCAGGCCAGGCAGCAUCUAUUGGA